AUGGACAAGGACCCAGACGAUGACAUGGGUGCAUCCGAGAGCACAGAGAACUCUGGUUCGCGCGAGAGUGAAGAUGAGCAGGUCGCGGUCGCGGACGCGGACGCGGACCACAAGCCUGGACGGGAAGAAGAGGCUACCGAGUCCGACAAGCGACAGCAAGAGCAAACGGCAGAGUUGAGCAUUCGACCACGAACUGACAGUGCCCCGACUCCGAUUGACUUUGUCACUUUGGGCAUGUUCAUAAUAGACGACAUUGACUUCAUACCACCAACACCCUCAGUCAAGGAUGUUUUGGGAGGUGCUGGCUCUUGGUCGGCAUUAGGUGCCAGACUCUUCUCUCCGCCGCCUCUAUCAAAAAGUGUCGGCUGGAUCGUGGACCGAGGAUCGGAUUUUCCAGCAGCACUGACGGAGCAGAUUGAUGGCUGGGGGACAUCCGUCUUAUAUCGCGAUGAUUCAGAACGCCUGACGACAAGGGGCUGGAACGGGUACGAAGGAACUGACGAGAAGAGACUGUUUACAUACCUGACGCCCAAGAAGCGCCUAGCCGCUGACGACCUGACCCCCGAGCUGCUCCAGGCACGGUCAAUCCACCUCAUAUGCUCACCGCUCCGGUGCCAGGAGCUGGUUGCCGACAUUACGUCUCGCCGCAAGGCUGUUAUGCUGGAUACUUAUUUCCGACCGGUCUUCAUCUGGGAACCAGUCCCGGAUCUAUGCACGCCAGAUGAGCUACUCAACUGCACGAACACGCUGCCCGUGAUCGAUGUGUGUAGUCCCAAUCACUCGGAGCUGGCUGGCUUCAUGGGUGAUGACGGGAUUGACCCAGAUACCGGCGAGAUCUCGAAAAAGGCCGUGGAGCGGGCAUGUGAGCAGCUCCUGGCCAGCAUGCCGCUGCAGUCCUUCUCACUCGUGGUGAGAGCGGGUGACAAGGGAUGUUACAUCGCAAAGAACGGAGGCAGGAAGCGUCAGCGCAACCAGAGCUCGAACACACAGCAACGAAAGAAGCACUACCCUCGGGGUGGUCUACGACCGGAUACCGACAUGGAAGCGCUCUUCGCAGGUCUGCUCCAGGAUGCAGAUGGCUUGGUAGCCCGAGAAGAGAUCGAAGUCGAUCCGGGCAUCGAGCGCUGGGUGCCUGCCUACCACCAGGACGCCAGCAAAGUCGUUGACCCGACGGGAGGUGGGAACACGUUUCUGGGCGGCCUUGCUGUCGCUCUAGCGCGGGGGCACUCGAUCGAGGAGGCGGCCUUAUGGGGCUCGGUGGCUGCUAGCUUUGCUAUCGAGCAGGUCGGGGUCCCCAAGCUAGAAACCGACGCCGAGGACAAUGGGAAGGAGAAAUGGAAUGAAUCCAAUGUCCAUGACAGGGUGGAGGAAAUGCAGAGCAGAUAA